AUGGCGGUAUCAUUCAUCACCAGACUUCUAAUGUUGGUCCUAGGCUACGCCUACCCGGCGUACGACUGCUACAAGACGCUGGAACUGAACACGCCGCAGAUGGAGCAGCUGCGAUUCUGGUGCCAGUACUGGAUUCUGCUCGCGUUCCUGACGGCGCUCGAGAGGCUCGCCGACUGCGCGCUCUCGUGGCUGCCCAUGUACGGCGAGGCGAAGCUCGCGCUCGUCGUGUACCUCUGGCACCCAAGCACAACGGGCGCAGGGCGAGUCUACGGCGACUUCCUCCGCCCGUUCCUGGCGGCGCACGAGGCGGACAUCGACCGCGGCCUCCUGGAGCUGAGGGCCCGCGCCGCGGACGCGACGGCGUCGCGCCUGCAGGCGGCCGUGGCGCUCGGGCGGGCGGGCCUGCUCGACGCCGUCCGCCGCGUUUCGUCGCGGCUGCAGCUGAGCCCCGACGGGCAGCAGGUGCAAUCUGGAAACCCACACGAGCACGAGCGCGCAUCGUCCUCGCACAGUGCCACGCCCACGCGGCAGUGGCAUGUGUUGAGUCUCUUGGGAUUUGGAUCAUGUUCUCGGCUUGCUGGCCCCCCUACACCAGAUCGGUCUUGCACGGCGGCGUGCGAGGGCGGGGAGGACGACCAGGACGCGACCCACCGGCAGGCCAGCAGAGGUGUGAACGGCGGCGAGGCCAAGGUCAGCCGGGACGCCGACGUCGCCGUCGCGCUCGCGCUGAUCGGAGCGUGUGAAAUUGAAAAUCUGCUGGAGCCGUGGCCGGUCUCGUUCUAUAGCAGUGUCGUUCUGUAG